AUGCAUAAAAAGCUCCCUACAGAUGAUAUGGUUUCAACGAAAGGAAUUUCUUUGGCAUCCAAAUGUAGCUUAUGUGAAGAGCAAGCUGAGUCCGUUAAUCAUCUGUUCAUGGGUUGUACAUUUGCCAUGAUGGUAUGGAAAAUGUUCCUUGACUGUUUUGAAGUGUCUUGGCCUGACAUUGAAGACUUACCUCAUCUAGCUCAGUGGUGGAUCAAAAAGUGCAGGGUGCUGGUGCUUAAGAAGCCUUGGUCCAUGGGGUUAGUCAUUGUGGCUGAAAACAUAUGGAAGGAAAAGAAUUCUAGGAGGUAUGAGGGUAGAUCGCUUUCUCACGUAUCUGUCUUUGAAAAGAUAAAAAGAGAUUUCCAAGACUCAAAAAUCACAAUCUCUAACAAAUUGCCUCAUAUUUCUGAUCUCAUGUGCUGCCAGCGUCUGGGUUUGAUUAUUAAUCCUAAACGUCCUUCAGAGACUUUGGAAAUCUUCUGGUGUAAGCCCCCUUCUGGUUGGGCUAAAUUAAAUGUGAAUGGUAGCUCCAUGGGCAACCCGGGUAGGGCUGGCGCAGGUGGAGUUAUUCGUAAUGAUCUUGGAGUUGUGAUUGGAUCUUUUUUAAGAGUUUUCUUGGGAUUCAAUCAAAUUAUGUAG